AUGAGCGCCCAACAGUUCUAUCAGGGCGGUAACAACAAUGGUUAUCCCGACCAAGGGGGAUAUCAGGCCAAUAGUUAUAAUCAACAAUAUGCGCCUCCUCCUCAACAACAGAGAUACCCCAACCAAGGAGGAUACCCUCAACAGCAACAGCAAUAUCAACCACCUUCUGGCCCACCUCAAAGCCAGGGACAAUACGGUAUGAAACCUUCUCAACCUUAUGCACCUCCUCAACAGGGACAAGGGCAAGGACAAGGGUAUGGGAAUAAUUCAUAUCAUCCAGAAUCGGGUGCACCACCCGCCUAUGUCGAUACAGCUCCUUUCUCUCAAGCCAACGAAAAGACAGGUCAAAGAUUAAACCCAAAGAAAAGGCUGAACGAUCCGAUUUUCUUAGUGUUGUUCUUGGCUUCUUUGGCUGGAUUCGCGGUAGUCUCAGGUAUAGUCAUCAAAAGUUUCAUUGAUGUUGGUGGAUUAGGGGGUGGUUUUGGGAAUGGGUCGCAGGGUGGUACUGGGUCCAGUGUAACGCUUGAUUACCACACGGUCUACCUGCUUCUUAUCGUUUGUGCGUUGGGUUUAGCACUGGCUGCUGUCUAUUUAGCCAUGGUCCGCGCAUUCACCAGGAUCAUCAUUGAAGUGACUUUGGCCUUGACUGUGAUACUCAAUAUCGGUAUUUGCAUCUACUACUUCAUCAUCAAGUACUGGUCAGGAGCCAUCAUCUUCUUAGUGAUCGCUUUAUUGUCUGUUUUCUUCUAUUGGUCAAUGAGGAAGAGAAUACCUCUCGCCAAGCUACUUCUACAAGUGACGAUCGAUAUCACCAAACAUCAUCCAUCAGUCUAUGUAGUAGUACUCCUAGGUCUCAUCGUCCAGUCAGCUCUUUCUGUAUGGUACACGUUUACUUGCAUUGCCGUUUACGUCAAGUGGACCCCUGGAAGUGCAACAUGUACCGGUACAAGUUGUUCAUCAGGCAAAGUCGCCGGUCUCAUCUUUUACUCUACAUUCGCAUAUCUCUGGACUUCUCAGGUAGUAGGAAAUGUGAUACUCUGUACACUUGCGGGAGGUAUCUUUGGUGGAUGGUAUUAUUACGGUCCAAGAGUACCCACUGGUGGAUUACCCAAACGAGCCACUUUAUCAGCUUUCAUCCGUGCAUCUACGUUAUCCCUCGGAUCGAUCGCAUUUGGUUCUUUGAUCGUCACGAUACUGGAGUUGAUCAGAUUGAUCUUACAAGCUGUUCAGCAGUAUGAAGCUGGGCAGGGCGAUACGAUAGGGGCCAUCGUAGCUUGCUGUGCUGCAUGCUGUGUAGGCUGUAUCGAAGGAAUGAUCGCUUGGUUCAACAAAUAUGCCUAUAUCGAGAUUUCCUUGUACGGUAAAUCUUACAUACCCGCUGCGAAGGAUACUUGGGCGUUGCUUAAGGACAGAGGAAUUGACGCUUUGGUCAAUGAUUCGCUCGUUGGAGUGGCUCUUAUGUGGGGAGCUUACAUCAAUGGAUUCUUAUGCGCCGUAUUUGGUUAUCUUUACUUGAGAUUCACGAACCCAGCUUAUAAUACCGAUGGACAAUACUCUGCACCCAUCAUUCUGUUCUCGUUCUUGAUCGGUAUAAGUGAAGGGCAGGUGAUCAACAGUGCUAUCGAUGCUGGUGUAUCUACGAUCUUCGUAGGAUUGGGAGAAGAUCCAAUGGUCCUUGCUGAGAGAAGUCCAGCAUUGUUCGAAUUGAUCAGACAGACUUAUCCCAGAGUAGUCGAGGGGGUUCCUAGGCGGUAG